GGGAAGACGAGGCCCGGAAGCCCCGAGGCCGGUAGGGGCCAGAAGAGGGCUACAGGGAGCCCCCAGGCCUCGACCAGCCGUCGCCCGCAGCCCAGAGCUAACUCCUCAGCCCCGGAAAGGCGGGGCCUCCGCCUUUCCCGCGUACGGGUCUCGCCGCCCCGCUCAGCCUCCUCGUAGGCCUUGCGCCAUUGCUGCUACUAUCGGCCGAACGGGGGCGCGGAGCUGGUCCCGGGGCGGGAUGCGGCCGCCCCUGGGGCGGUGGUGGCUGCUAAUCUGGCUGCAGCCCUUGUCCGCGCCGCCCGCUGGCGCGGUGCGCGGAGAGGAGGAGGCGGCGGCGGCGUUGGCAGUUCCAAGGUGUAAAGCUCUGAAGGAAAUGGAUUUAAUUAAAACUUCUGAGUCAGACUGUUACUGCUACAAUCGAAAUUCCCGAAUGGAGUGGAAAUACAUGUGGUCAACUCUGCAGGUGAAAAUUACCAGUUCAGGCCUGCUCAAUAUUGCAUAUAUCACAGGAAGACAUAAUUGUCAGUAUCCAGAAACCAUUCUAUCUUUUAUCAAAUGUGUGAUUCAUAAUUUUUGGACACCAAAGGAGUCUAAUGAAGUUACCAUAAUCAUCAAUCCAUAUGGAGAGACCAUGUGCUUCUCUGUGAAGCCUGUCAGGAAGAUAUUUAUCUAUACAAUUAGUGUGAAUCGAAACAUUGUGGAUUUCAAACUCUUCCUUGUGUUUGUAGCAGGUAUUUUCCUCUUCUUUUAUGCAAAGACCUUGAGUAGAAGUCCUAUUUUCUUUUACUCUUCUGGGACCGUGCUAGGUGUUUUAAUGACAUUAGUCUUUGUCCUGCUUCUGGUGAAAAGGUUUAUUCCUAAGUAUAGCACCUUUUGGGCUCUAAUGGUUGGUUGUUGGUUUGCUUCAGUUUAUGUUGUAUGCCAUUUGAUGGAAGAUCUGAAGUGGCUAUGGCAUGAAAACAGAAUAUAUAUAUUAGGCUAUGUUUUGGUAGCUGGAUUUCUCAGCUUUGCUGUUUGUUAUAAGCAUGGGCCCCUGGUUGAUGAAAGGAGCGUGACUCUUUUGACAUGGACACUGCGGCUCCUCGCCCUGGUUCUGAUCUAUUGUGGAGUCACCGUGCCCCAGGGCUCCUAUGCAGCUCUGAUCCUCAUCCUGGCCUCCAGGAGUCUACGCUACCCACUGAAGGCGUUCACUUAUAUGAGGUGGAAAAUGAAGAAAUGGUGGACAUCCAAGAAGCCAGUGUUUAAGUAUCUGACUGAAGAUGAAUACCGGGAACAGGCUGAUGCUGAGACAAGCAGCGCCCUGGAGGAGCUGCGUGGAGCCUGCCGCAGGCCCGACUUCCCCACGUGGCUGGUAGUCUCCAGACUCCAGGCUCCUAACAAAUUUGCAGACUUUGUUCUUGGAGGAAGCCACUUGUCGCCUGAAGAAAUUAGUCUGCAUGAAGAGCAAUAUGGUUUUGGGGGCGCCUUCUUGGAAGAACAGCUUUUUAACCUGAGGACUGCCUGAUGACCAUUGACUUCAUUCUGGACAAGAAAUGGGCUAAGGGCAAGGAUCCUAUUAACAUUGGGCAGAACGGUUCUAGGGAACAGUGGCAAAAGCAUUUGCUAUGGAGAAGAGUCAUACUGGAAAGGAAAACUAAACAUUAUUGAAGAUAACUUCUCAUUCUUGGUGAGUUCUGCUACUUAUUGUAGUCAUCAAGAUUUUGUGAGAGUCAUUGCCACUUUCCUUGAAUGAAGACUUUCAUUAGGAACAAGAGAAUCAUGUUGAUCUUCAAAGAGCAAGUUAACAUGAACAUCUGCCUUGUCAACACCAGGCAUUAAAUCUUAACCUCAGAACCUGUGUCUGAAGACUGCAUAUAAGUGUUGGAAGAGACCUGAGAUAUGCUGGACCAGUGUUUUCCAAAGUAUAAUCCACAGGGUGCUAAUAAGUGCUAGUCAGUAAAGGGAUUGUGAGGUCAACUAAGAUAGUAACAAAGUUAAACAAAUGUACCACAGGACUUCUCAGAGCCUUUAAUACUGACGAUGCACGUUGUCAAUCUCCUGGAUAGAAACUGUGUGCUGCCAUUUCUGACUUAAUUUGACCACAGAACCCUUUUCCGUGAGAUUGAUAUUCCUUGGAGCAGUUUGGAAAAUGCUAAUGAUGGCAGAAUUGAGAUUUGGAGAGGUUCAAUAACUUGUCCAAAACUACAAAGCUCUUUAGAGGCAGCACUGGGACUAGACAUCAGCCCUAAUGUUACCUACAACUCAGGGUUAAGAAGAGACCUUCAGAGGUGAGCCUAGGGGCCAUCUCCCUACAGCCUUGGAUCUCACAGUAUUGGUGACUUUUUUAUUUUUUAAUAAUGGACAACUAUCUAUUUGAUAACUAUGAUAGAGAACAUUUCCUAAGAUUAUAUUUUAAAGUUUGAUAAGAUUUUUAUAGACAUAUACAUUUUAGAAAGAAUUAUUUUCUAUAAUUUUUUGUAUAUUGCAAUUGAAGACACUUAACCUCUUGUGACAUUUUGAGUUGACUGGUCCAUUUUUAAAAUUUAGUUAUAUAUAUUUGUAACAGUUUCCUACACAACAGACUUGUGAUCUUUCUUCAGAGAACAAAUAUUUUUUUCUUGAUUCUCCGGAGUGAAAUGACCCUGAGCUUUGACCCUGGGGAAAGAAGGCCAAAACUAAGAGCUGAGAAAAGAUCUGAACAUGGCAAAACAAUCUAAGCGUUAAGAUGUGCUAAAUUGAUUCACUUAAAGAAGGUUUUGCUGUGUUGAGUUCUUAAAGAGGCAUACAGAAUGAGGAAUCUCUUUUUACUAGGAGGGAUGUGGAUACGGAGGAAGGACAUACAGAAAAUUCAGGAGCUGCUUUCCUGAGCCAAGAUCAGUAGAGUGUUUCUAAUUGUUAAAACGAGAGCAUGGCUACCCAUUUGGAACUUUCUAGGUUGAUUUUCAAAUAUUUUCUCUUUGAAGCAGUGUGUCAGUAUUUUACAAGUUCCUCUUUUUACAAGACACCUUUCAGUAUUAAGAGCUCUGCAGUCUUUGUGAAAUGCACUAAAUUCAAUCUGUGCUUUCACAUAGAUUGAUUUCAAAUAUCAAAGAAUCUUCCAUUCAAAUUUAUGAUGAUUAUGAUGAUGACUGUUUUAUAAGUGUAAACAGGUCUGACACUUUUGUUAUAGUUUUAUCUGAAUUUUUUAUAAUUAAAUUUAUUGCCGGUAUAUUA